GCUCGAGAACUCAUAUAUAAAGAAAAUUUCGAAAAACUAUUGGAAUUUGAGCAGCUGACAAACCAAAUAAACUAUGGUUAUGCAUUUACUGAUUAUAUUGAAGGACCCAUCACUUUUUUUCCUACGUAUAAAUAUGAUAAUGGAAGUGAUGAAUAUGACACAAGCGAGAAGGCUCGAAUACCUGCGUGGACAGAUAGAAUUUUAUAUCGAGGAAAUAAAAUCCGACAGAUCGGAUAUUCUAGGGCAGAGUUAAGGGUUUCUGAUCAUCGACCGGUCAUGUCAUCAUUUGAUAUAGAGGUAAUUAAAUUUGACGAAGCUGCGAAAAAAAAAUUACAAGGAGAGCUUUAUAUCGAGAGACAAAAAAUAAUGUCGGGAAAUAGUGAGAAAUCUUUGAUAUCAGACAACGGUGAAAAGAAAACUAUUCAUUUAAACAAUAAUUUCAUAACUAAUGGUGAUGGCGAGCUAGAAAAAACAAAUUACGAUAGAAAAUUUGAUAAUCUAUUGGAUGAUUUUAAAGAUGAUAUAGUCACUACUAAUGAUAAUAAAAUAAAAAAAGAGACGGGACCUGCAGUUGGUAUUUUGAUUAAUGUUGAUGAGAAUAAUAAAAAAGAAGGAUAUAAGUCACCGAUGGUUGUGGAUAAGAAUGUCAUAAAUCGGAAGUAUAGAAGUGUUUCCAGCAAUCCUUUUUAUGAAUUGAAUCCAAACUUGACAAGGUCAAUGUCACUGAAACCAUUGAUACCAUCUAAACCUACUUCAAAACCGGUUAUAAGACAAAAUAGUAUGGGAAACAUUCUGAGAAAAAAUAUCUUUACUGAAAAUGAUAAUGACUUUUUAGCAAAGGCACCAAAAUUUG